UAAAUAAAAUAGUGGCCCAUUAAGCGUAACCCGGAUCUUCAAACAUUUCUUCUCUCCACUUAAAUCAUAUCAAACGCUCUUCUUCUCUCAGCGUCUUGCAUUACAUCAACCUAUACAUACAGCGACACAGAUUUCCCAAUAUAAAUUAUGGCAAGCGUAAGUAGAAAGAUGUCAAGAAAGGAGACUAGAAACCGUCAUCCUGGGCUUACACAGCAGAAAAGGCAAGAGAUCAAAGAAGCAUUCGAGCUCUUUGACACCGAUGGCUCUGGAACUAUUGAUGCCAGUGAGCUGAAUGUUGCUAUGAGGGCCCUUGGAUUUGAAAUGACAGAGGAGCAAGUUGAGCAAAUGAUUGCUGAUGUCGACAAGGAUGGUAGUGGUGCAAUUGAUUUUGAUGAAUUUGUACACAUGAUGACGGCCAAGAUAGGGGAGAGGGACACUAAAGAGGAUCUCGCGAAAGCAUUUAACAUACUAGAUCAAGAUAAAAAUGGGAAAAUAUCUGCUGCUGAUAUUCAGCAAAUUGCAAAGGAGUUGGGUGAAAAUUUCAGCGCAAAAGAAAUACAAGAGAUGAUAGAGGCAGCAGAUCGUGAUCGUGAUGGAGAAGUAAGUGCGGAAGAGUUUAUGAGGAUGAUGAGGAAAACCAGCUUCGCAAACUAGUAGUACAAAACCAUAUUAUUUGUCAAGUUUAAAAAGCUUCUUUUUUUUUUACAAGUUGCUUGUCCUUCUCUUUUUCACUUUUCAUAUCUAUGUACUCUCUUGUAUUGUGUAUAUGUAUAUAAUAUAUCCACAUAUAUAUUAUACAUGCUGAUUUUUAAA